AAUGCACGUGACCGCAAUGGCUGCUGCUCUCUAAGCCUUGCAUCAACUUGCGCGGCACCGUGAAAACCCGUUUCUUUUGCCGAAAACUCGCAGAGCUCUUGUCAGACUCGCACAGCCUGACAAAAGCAGACCUUACUAUAACGUUCCACUCCUCGUCAUACGACGGAGAAACGACUUUGGAAAAGAAGCUCAGGACAAAACAUCAUCGGCUCGGUUCGGACUUCCACCAACCAACACGUCGGUAGGAGGAGUCAACAGCAGAUGAUGCCUCAGAGUGAGUGAUUCGCUCCUGACAUUCCUCAUAACCGAGGUUGGCAUUUGGAGCUUUAAAUGUUACCCUCUGCUUUCUUCCCAUGAUUCACGGUUAUGAGCUCAUUAUACCAGCCGCUCCUCAUCCCAUCCCACAUCAUAUCCCCCAGCCCAAUGUUACCGCACCGCUCAGGCUUCAAAUGCCAACCAGAUGCCUACGUCACUUUCACGGCAGACAUUGCUUUUGGAGGCCAAUAGCAGCCUGACACGGUUGUUUCUCCAGGGUUAGGACUUCGCCACGGGGCGAGGAAGAAGAUUGCCAGUCUGCCACAGGUGUGUUGCCGAGACUGAAAGUGAGUCACCGCGGCGAUAGGGGUUGACCUGGGGCGCAAGACAUGUUACGGUGACAACUAAAACCAGCCAUCGUCAUAACAAUCCUCCUCCUCCGUCGUGUUGUUGUGUGAGCUCUGCUGAGUCACUGGAGAGAGAAAAGCUGUUCUCAUCCAAUCCCCCCAAGGCCUGAGAAGUCUAUCCAAUCGUGAACAAGGGAUCUGGAGUCCAUUGGUGCCAGAUGAUUCUGCCUAGCGACCUCCCUUAGUAUUUAUGUAAUUGGUGUUUCAUUCAAGGUAUAAAUCUUAGUGGCCUACUCUACCGCUAUCUAUCUCAGUAGAACACAAUUCAUAUCAAGGCAGAGGGACCAGCCUUUGGAAGAAAAUAGCCUAUAUGCCCUUGGAUUCAAAGUUUCUCUGAAGCAUCCACUGGGAACACUGGCGUAACCUAGAAGCUCCAUUUCACACACCUACACAAAUACACACACAUCGUUGUGGUCCACCGUCAGCUACCACCACCGCUUCUUAAUUCAUUGGAUUACGUCGCCAUCGGCGGGUGAGGUUGGGGAUGUAGACCGCCGUCACCACGGAUACCUACAGGAGACUCUUUGGACUCGGCUCAAGGUCUGCCGAGCAGAACAUGACGGGCAAAGGUAACCCCUGCCACCCCCCGGGGGGGCCAGGGAGUGCAGGGGGCCCCACUGUCUCUGUGGGGGGAUUCCCCAUGCCUCACUACUCCUACUUCUUCCCCCACAUGCUGGGGGGGCUGUCCCCUCCCACCCUCUCCGGACUGCCCAUCAGUGGAUACAGCACACCGUCGCCAGCCACCAUAGAGACCCAGAGCACCAGCUCAGAGGAGAUAGUCCCCAGUCCCCCCUCGCCGCCCCCUCCCCCGCGAAUCUACAAACCCUGCUUCGUCUGUGCGGACAAGUCCUCGGGAUACCACUACGGAGUCAGCGCCUGCGAGGGCUGCAAGGGUUUCUUCCGGCGUAGCAUCCAGAAGAACAUGGUGUACACCUGUCAUCGCGAGAAGGGCUGCAUCAUCAACAAGGUCACCCGCAACCGCUGCCAGUACUGCCGCCUGCAGAAGUGUUUAGAAGUGGGCAUGUCCAAGGAGUCGGUGAGGAACGACAGGAACAAGAAGAAGAAGGAGGAGAAGAAGCCAGAGUGUACUGAGAUCUACGUGCUGAGUACCGAGACGGAGCAGAUGAUCGAACGCGUCCGCAAGGCCCAUAAGGAGACUUUUCCCUCGCUCUGUCAGCUGGGCAAAUACACCACGAAUAACAGUGCAGAGCACCGCGUGGCUCUAGAUGUAAACCUGUGGGAUAAGUUCAGUGAGCUGUCCACUAAGUGUAUCAUCAAGACGGUGGAGUUUGCCAAGCACCUGCCAGGCUUCACCACCCUCACUAUCGCUGACCAGAUCACCCUGCUCAAGGCAGCCUGUCUGGACAUACUGAUUCUGAGGAUAUGCACGCGGUACACUCCAGACCAGGACACAAUGACGUUCUCAGACGGGCUGACCCUGAACAGGACCCAAAUGCACAAUGCAGGCUUUGGCCCGCUCACAGACCUGGUGUUCGCCUUUGCCCAAACACUCCUCCCUCUGGAGAUGGACGACGCAGAGACCGGCCUGCUCAGCGGCAUCUGUCUGCUGUGUGGAGACCGUCAGGAUCUGGAGCAGGCAGACAAGGUGGACGUACUACAGGAGCCCCUACUGGAAGCUCUGAAGAUCUACGUGAGGAAGAGGAGGCCUCACAAACCACACAUGUUCCCCAAGAUGCUGAUGAAGAUCACGGACCUCAGGAGCAUCAGCGCCAAGGGAGCGGAGCGAGUGAUCACUCUGAAGAUGGAGAUCCCAGGCUCCAUGCCUCCUCUCAUCCAGGAGAUGCUGGAAAACUCAGAGGGUCUGGAGGGCCAGGGGGCCAGCGGGGGCCGCACCAGCGGAGGAGGGGCCCCACCAGGCAGCUGCAGCCCCAGCCUGUCACCCAGCUCAGCCCGCAGCAGCCCCCCUGCACCCUCCCCUUAGACGGGGGUCCACCACCACCCCCCAGGCAGGGACAGCCAAAAGGCAUGACUACAGACUCCCACACUGUGACAAACCAGGCCAGAGUGGAGUGGGGUUAGGAAGAGGGCCAAGCCUGGGCCCAACCCUGGAUGGACUUUGACACUUUGAGGGUAAACGCAGGCCUCAAUGGACAGACAGCCGUCCCCCCACUCCCCCUAUCUCAGCCCCAGACCGGGCACCGAAACAGACCGGGCACCAUCAUACUUGACUGAAUCUGGAUGGCACUGGACAUUGGGCACGAGUCAUCCCUAAAUGUUGUCAGGGACAGCAAACGGGGGGUGCUCAGAGAGGGGGCCUGCCUCUCCUUCACAACUUUGAGGGAAAGAUUUUCUUACAAAAGAUAUAUGGAAAUAUAAAUAUAUAUAUUGAAAAAGUAAUCAUUGCAAUUUGAAUUGUCCAGGUGGAAUGAUGCAUAAAAGAAGAGUUGCUAUCUUUUUCUCAGUAUUUUUCUCACUGUUCUAAGAACUUAGAUGUUAUUUGUGAUUCCCCCCCACCUCCCCAGACCUAGUGUUUUGUUCUCUUCGUUUCACCCAGGAAUAUCAGCACACUAAGUAGUCACAGUGGAAAUGUGUGUUUUUUUCUAUCAAAUCAAAAGAUAAGUAGAACAAAAACGAUGACACGAUUUCAGAUGCAAUUCACUUUAUGCACUAGACCUCUUGCACUGUCACGUUCACAAGUUGGAUCAAAUUGAUACACAAAACACAAAUUGGACCAGGUUGGGUUGGCAUCUCUCUGUUUCGUUCCAUUUACAGCAUUUCCUUUUUUUCAUGGGAGAAAAAGAAAAGGAAACGUGGUGGUUUUAUGAUCUAGAGUCAAGUUGUUGUGGAGUUAUGAAGAUGACCUGUAAGAAAAUAGCAGCCAUGAAAUAAUGUACAUAAGAUGUAUUCCGUUGUUUUUAAAGUACAUGGAGUCUAGACAAUUUUCACUUUGUCAAAGCCUUUUAUGUUUUGCUUUUUGUUCUUGUUUGGUAUCCUGAAGUGAAGGCACGAAUCACUGAUCGACUGUUUAGACCGCUUAAGGAAGGGACUGACUGCUAGGAACACCAUAGCCAUUGACAACCAGUAAAGAGAGUUGAAUUUAUACUUCACCCGAAAAAGAAAAAAAAGAUUUGACAAUUUAAAGACCAAUAACUCCGUGACCCCCCCCCCCUUUUCCCCAAGGUGGUCCCUCUCUCAUUCCACGUCUGGAUAAUGUAUGUAUUACCCCCCAACAGCACUGCCUCUGUACUGUAGCACAUUGUCAAUAUCUAUGUGCUCCCAUUACCCCCCACCCUCAGUCACAAACUGUACCACGUUACCAGUAUGCUCACAUUGUAGCACAUUGUCAAUAGGAUGUAUCUAUCUAUGUCCAUGUAAACUCUGUGACACGAUAUCAGUACGCUCACAACACCACUGCCUCUGUAUGUAUACAUGUUCCCCAUCUCUCUACUCCCCCCACAACACAACAGCACUGCCUCUGUAAGUUUGUUUCACAGUAUCAGAACCUCUCUCUCUUUAUCUAUCACAGCAACGCAACUGCCUCUGUUUACACACCAUUAGUAUUUAUCUGUCUGUCGUUCUUGACUCUACUGACACAUCCGAGUACCUAGCUAUUCCCUAGCCUGGCCCUAGAUCAGUUUGUGCUGUCCUGCCAAUGCAUGACAAUGAAAUAGGAGUUGCACAAACUGAUCUGGGAUCAGGCUAGCUAUUUCCCCAUCUCUAACCACUGUUUACACAAAAUAGUGUAACUUACCUACCCAUCUAUUUUCCCCACAACACCACUGCCUCUGCUGUUCAGUAGGAGUGGAUCUGUCCCUCACAACAGAUCGAACGCUGCUAUUGGCCAGCCUCUCUGCAGCCAGUAUCACAACGCACAACUGUUUUUUUCCCUGCACUCUCACUUGUAAUGCAAUCAGAUGUCAACCAGCAUUUGGGGAUAAAAUAAAUAACUGUUUUGAUUAUGCCAGAUCAUUGAACGAAGAGAAUAACAUUUAAUAAAGAACCCUGCCUGUG